UCUUGUAGAAGAAAUGGCGCUUACACCAAAAUUUUCAUAUGAAAUUUACAGGUGAAAUGUGAAAAAGGGGGCUGAAGGGAAAUCGAAGAAAUCAGUGAAAUUGAAGCUAUGCAAUCGAAGAUUAACAGCUUCUUUAAGCCAUUUUCUUCUUCUUCAUCAUCGAUUACGCACAAAAGUGUAGAUUCAUCUCAAAUCUGCAGUGAUGAUUUUGAGUAUAAGAAGGUACAGCCAGAAAUUUUGGUUACAUACCAGCGAAGACCUCAAAAUCCAAAUGGGCAAAUGAAUGGUGCAUCAACUGGUGAAGCAUCCAAGGAAAUAGACUUGGAGGUGGCAAAGUCCGGGAAAAUUCUGAAUAAGAAGAGAAAGUAUGCCCAGUUCUAUUUGGAACUCGGGCAGUCUGAUUUUUUAUUCCAUACUUGUACUAACUGUGGAUUCAAAUAUGCCAAAGGUGAUGAAGAGGAUGAAAAGUUUCAUAAAACGUUUCACAAGAAUUAUACGCAUGGUAUUCCAUUGAAGGGUUGGCGGAAUGAAAGAAUUAUUCGAAUUCCUUCACUUGAAAUUGGGCGAAUCAUCUUGGUGCUGGACGAUGAUCCUACUCCUCAGAAAAACAAGGUAAAGGAAGUUGUGAAGAUGAUGGGGAUGGAACUUGGAGAUGGGUGGAUAUAUCAUCAGCUAUGCAAGGUGUAUCUGUUUAUAUCUUCUCAAAGAAUAUCUGGAUGUCUGGUAGCAGAGCCCAUUAAGAGGGCUUAUAAGAUACUCUCAAGGCCAGAAGAUAGCAGGUGCAAUGUUUCACCUGAGAAGGAAGCAAGACAGACUUCAACCACGCUUCAAUUUGGGGGAGUGAGUUUCCAGAGGGAAAUGGUAAGAAGAAAUCAACCAACCAAAAGCUGUGAAGAGUCUGAUGAAAGCGUCAGUGGAGUAGUGUUGUGUGAGAAGGAAGCGGUAUCUGCUGUAUGUGGCAUUAGAGCCAUUUGGGUCACGUCCUCCAACAGAAGAAAGCAUAUUGCCAGCUAUUUACUUGAUGCUGUUAGGGAAAGUUUUUGCAAGGAUUUAGUUCUUAAACAGUCCGAGUUAGCCUAUUCUCAGCCAACCUCAGCUGGAAAAGCCUUCAUCUCGAGUUAUGCAAGGAGCAACUCGUUCUUGGUUUAUACAACAUCUGAUUUGUAGCAAGUAAGGGAUCCUCCCGCGAACUAGUCUCCAAGAAGGAACUACAACUCUGCAAUAAAGAUUGAUGUAAAGGCGUAUCCUUUGGCAGCAAUAGAAGCUUUCUUCUUUUGCUUUUUUCGCAGAAUGCAAAGCAUCAACGACAGCCCUAGGAGCAACAUGUUUCUACUCUGCCUCGCGGAAACAGGUAGUAAAAGUACUGGGACUGAUGACCUUAAUAGUAUACCCUUCUUGCUUUAGUGCAGUAUUCUCCUUCAACCUUUGGCUACAUUAGCAUAUAUUAUAUGAAAUUAGAUGCCUUUUUGCUAUAUAUUUAUGCAAAAUCAUAGGACUUUUAUUUUGGAACUUUUUGGUUAUGAUGAUGUUUUACACACUGAAGAUUGAGCAUUUGGUACUUUUGGAGUCUUUUUGUAGGCCGCUCUUCGGGGCGAUAAAGUGGACAAUCCCUUACUGUGACUUGCAUGAA